AUGAGAUGGGCCGCCGCCAAAUUUGGAAGCACACAGGGCAGCACCGACGGGCCCUUGAUCGGCGGCAUCAUCAGCGGGGGACGGUUUUGGUGGGAAAACAGCACCCGCUCGCCCGCAGCAGCCCGCCGGGAGCAGCACGAAAAGGAACGAUGCAGCGAGGAAAAGGCCCAGCCGGACUUGCCACCGAUGCAAAGUGGGUUGGUCCCUGGCGUGGGCCACAGGGGCAAAUGCAAGGUUGUUGGGGCGGAAAGGGAACACGAUGGGGCCAAACCAGCCGUGGGCAAUAUAUUCGCCAGUGGCCCAUGCCUUCGGAUCCGAGUCCCGAGUGGUCGCUGGGCUUUGAGCCUAUUUUGGCUGAAAGGGAGACUUAUUCCCGGGAGACGCCUGGGCUACCCCAUUCCAGGGUGUAGUCGAUAA